GUCUUGCAGAUUGUCUAGUUACAGAAAAAAAAAGAAUGUCUUGUCUCUGAAUCUGCUUCUUCAUUGGUAAAAAAAGGGAUGAUGUUGUCCCCUUCUCUCCUAUAUCAUUGCUAUGGUUGAAUAAGGUGGCAUAUGUGAAAAUAUUUGGUAAAUUAAAAAGAAUUAAGGACUGGCUAGGCUUACAAAAGAAUCAAUAUGCCUUUAGCUAGAAAUUUACUACACCCAUCCUUAAAAGAGGAAAAGAAAAAAAAACAUAAAAAGAAAUAGCUAGCUCAAAGCCCAGAUUCCUAUUUUAUGGAUGUAAAAUGUUCAGGUUGUUACAAGAGUACCACGGUUUUCAGCCAUGAUCAGACGGUGUUUUUUUGUUUUUUUGUUUUUUUGUUUUUUUUUUUUUGUAUAGGUUGUUUAACAUUGUUGCACCAGCCAAGAGGAGGAAAGGCCAGACUCACAGAAGGCUUUUCAUUUAGAAGAAAGCAACACUAAUGAUCCAUAUUAGUGUUAUAUACUCCUGAAUUUGUGUUAUAUCACAGAGAGCCUUAUCAGUUCAGUAAUUCCAGUUAAUCUAUAAAGAUAAUGUAAUUGUUUUUAAUUUUUUAAGGUGCACAUCAGUUGUCUAUUUUGGUGUCAGUUUUUCAAUAAAUUUUGGCUAUGGACAAAAAAAAGCACUAAACAAUGUAAACUGUUACUAAUACUUGCUAAAGUAUGAAAGUGUGAGUGCAUGUGAUUGAUGUGUGUACAUACAGCUUACAGUGAGGGUAUUGUUUUAAGGAUGGACAACUCCCCUACUACUAACUCAGAGAGUUAUAAAAUUUCAGGGCAAAGAGGGACCUCAAAGGUCAUGUGAUCUAACCCCAUCUGGUGCUUGUUAAAAAGGAGGCUGGAGGAGAAAAUGGUCUGGUAUCUACUAAGGAAACUGAUCUGUGUCUCUACAUAGUCAUUAAUCUCCCAAAUUCUGUUAAUUUAGAAAAUAGUACCACAGAUUUUUUUUAUUAAUCUUAUAAAUUGACUUGAAUUAAUAUUUUUUUACUUUUAAUGUUUUUAAUAAUGUUGACUGAAGUAAAGCAUUAUAUUUAUUUCAAUGCAGACUCUUCCUUUUUCUUCUAAUUACCAUAUUCCAAAAAUAUGGAAAUUAAAAAAUUGGAAGGCAAUUUUCUUAGAUCAGCUUAUUGUUUCUGAAUUUUGCUCCUAAAAGAAGAUUCUUUGCAUUCCCAAAUUAAGAACGUGAUUCGUUGGGGAAGAUGUUCUAACCCAAAGUACAGAAAACAGAGAGAAGAGUCACAGUUUUAUCUUUCAGCUCACGUAUUCUGGAUGUUAAUCAGUACCUAAUGCCAAUUUAUCUCAGGGAAGACCACCCAGGUAACUUUAAUCAGGUUGGACUUUAUAGUAGAUGAUUAUUUCAAGGCAGUUCUCAGUAUAUAUGGCUUAAUUCCAAGGGUAAUGUUAGUCAUUUUUAUGUAACUCUAAAUUUGCCAAGGAAACAAGAAUAUUAUAGUGAUAGUUAAGCAAAACAUUAAGGUAAUUAGCCUUAGAUGAGAAAACACAAGUGCCACUUUUUUCUUCCUUUUUAAUUUUUAUUUAUUUAUUUUUAUUUAAAUACAAGUUAGUUAACAUACAGUGUAGUCUUGGCUUCAGGAGUAGAACCCAGUCUCUUACAUAUGACACCCAUUGCUCAUCCCAACAAGUGACCUCCUUAAUUCCCAUUAACAAUUUAACUCAUCCCCUGAACCCACUCCCCCUCCAGUAACGCUCAGUUUGUUUUCUGGAUUGAAGAGUCACUUAUGGUUUGUCUCAUCUCUGUUUUUAUCUAAUAUUUCCCUUCCCCUAUGCAAUUCUAUUGAGUUUCUCAAAUUCCACAUGAGUGAAAUCUUAUGAUAUCUGUCUUUCUCUAACUGACUUAUCAUAAUGCUCUGUAGUUCCAUCCAUGUUGUCACAAAGACAAGAUUUCAUUCUUUA